CCAAAGCAAAGCUCAGAGACACAAAGGAAACGCUCAUCGGAUCCAGUUACACGUUUUCAACGCCUCAGUGAAAGAGAAGAACAGUUGGAAUGAAGUGAAUCAGACGGAGCAUCGUCUCAACACGUUCAGGAAACUGACUCUGUUCCAGGCCCUGACCUUUGUCCUGCUGCUGGUCGCUCCCGUCUGCCUCUCCUCCCCACAGAGCUCAUCCUGGCUCUCUGCGUGGGGUCCGUCUGGUGAUCCCUCGACGGGGCGUUCAACACGAGCUCGACGACAGCUGAACUUCCGGAACGAAUGGGCGAUGUGGAGCGGCUGGUCGGUCUGCUCCCGCAGCUGUGGGGGCGGAGCCUCUGUAAGGACACGCACCUGCAUCACCAGGAACCCAGUGGGUGGACCAUGUGCAGGAGAACCCAGACAAUACAAGAUCUGCAACACUAAGGAGUGUGCUCCUGGCUCAGUGGAUUUCAGAGAGAUGCAGUGUGCUGCCUUCAAUGAUCGACCCUUAGUGGCUGGAAACUCCUUCCAAUGGACGACGUUUCACGGAGGCUCUGACCCCUGUGAACUGAGCUGCUUGGCCCUGGGUCACAAAUUCUACUACAACUUUGGACGAGUGCUGGAUGGAACCUCCUGCAGCUCGGAGCCUGGAGAGCUGUGUGUGAACGGACGCUGCCUG